UUGUCUUUCAAAUUGGCAUUAUCCCUAAUUUUUUGAGAUAACGAUGUUUUUAUUUUGUUUUUCCCUUCGAUAUGAAGAGUUUACGCCAACGGAAAUGGAAAGUGUCAUGAACAAUCGUUAACGGUAUUCGACAAAUGGAAGUUUGAAAAUUCGAAAUGAGCACGCAAGGGACUUGAAGGCAAGGUCGCAAGGAAGGCGUCUCCGGUCGUCAAGGAGACGGUCGCGAAGUAAAAAGGAAACAAAACGUCCCAGAGGCAAGGAAUUUUUCGUAAAGGUCGGGGAUGAAAAAACGAUAACAAGCCUCAUCACAAAAAGGGGUGCGUGUUCGGGAGGUGCACCUGUUCCGAUCGAGGCUCAGGUACAUAGAACUAGGCGGAAUCAAAGAUGGAGAACGGUACAAAAAGGUGGCUUGGUUCAACAUCAUGACGUUCGCGAGGUGGGAGGUGUGCCACGAUGGAGGGGAUCUGGCUUUCAGUUGUUUCGAAACAACGGUUCAGUUCGUCGGAGCUUUUCAGUUAAUAAGUUUAUUAAGUUCAUUUUGGGUUCGGACGCGGUCAGUUUUGCAGAAGUUCCGGACCGACGGUGCUUAACGUGCGAAGAGGCCGAGACGGGCCUCCAGUGUCAAAGGGCAACGGGUCCGAAUCGGGAUUUUGCCACAAGAAGCCAGUACUCCUGAGGUGAAUGGGCGUAGGCCAGAUUUUCACCAUAUUUCGCGCUCCAGGCGCAAAGUGCAAAAAUUGAAUUCAUCCCAGUGAAAGAUUAGACAGAAAAAAAUCGAAAUGGGAGGCUGGAGGAAUUUUGGGAUUUUCCUCUUCUGCCUCAUAGCCUUCGACUCCGCAGAGCAGACCACUCCGGACCCGAGCAUGUACAACUGGUACUCCAGCUCGGAGCCGACCAGAAGCGGCUUCAUCGAACUUCAGGGCGGCCUGAUGACAAACAGAAAGCUGAAGAUCGACCGUGGGGAGUACAUCCUUAAAGAAGAUCUCAUCGUAGACCACACGUCCGAAUUGGCCCUCCUCCCUGGUACCACUAUAAACUUCGCACCCACGGUUGGCAUCACGGUCAGGGGGAUCAUGAAAGCCGAGGGAACUCCAACAGACAGGAUUAUCUUUCAGAGCUUGGAGUCUGCUGAAAACAUUACGAGAGCGACGAAGUACAGGCUGGUGGAUGGCGCGAGCAUUUUAUCCGGUAGGCUGCAAGCAUUUCACAAUGGAAAGUGGAGAUCUGUAUGCUCUAAUUCAAGAAGGUGGUCGGUGCGAGAUGUUGAAGUCAUUUGUCGAGAGAUGGGCUGGCUCGGGGGCAGCUGGGUCGGUUGGAUGGACAGAGAAUCAGGCAGAAAACCCCGCCUGCUCAUAUUGCCCAACUGUACCGGUACGGAAACGACGUUGCAAGAAUGCGAAAAGAAUCUUCGUCAAAUGGGCGGACCGACUUGCGAUUAUCAUCCUGACAUAGCCAUCCAGUGUUUUCCUCAACACGAUCCUGGACUCGUCCGUCAUAACUGGAGAGGGUUGAGGUUUGAAAAUGCAAAGUACGACAGAUACCUGACCCAAGACAACACAUUUUACGUCCCAUAUUCAGCUUCAACUCUCUCUUAUGUCGACAUAAGAUCCGGUGGAUCAGGUCGUGAUUAUAACGCUAGUUCUUCUAUUGAAGUUAUUGGAGUGCCACCUCAGAUAUCAAACAUCACUAUAUUCAACAGUGCAUACAACGCUAUAAAUAUUACCCACCCAGUUGGCCCUAUAACAAUAUCUAACACUACAAUAGCAAAUAACGGAGGUUAUGGCAUAUUUGUUAAUAGCUCUGACGGUGGUCUGAAUAUCGAAAACAGCCAAAUCUCUGAAAAUGAUGGAGACGGUGUCAGAUAUUUCGGACAUGAAUAUAGAAUAUCGAAUAGAAAAAAUGUCUAUGACUUAUGCACAUUGCCCACAACGACUACACAAACAUUCCCACUGAUUGUUGCCCUUCAACAGAAUGUUUACAGUGCUAACCAAAAGGAUUGCAACAAGCAUUUUUUUACAAAAUCUGGCCAUGUAUUGACAAUCAAUUUCCUGCCGAUUCAAACUAACGAGAACGGCUCUUCUCAAGUGACUGUUUAUGAUGGCUAUUCGUCUAGUGAAAACACGCUCGCUUCAUUUUCCCUUUACAACGCAACUAAACCUCAGAGUGUUACGACUACAAAGAACAACGUGUACAUAUCAUUUUCGGCCAAAGCGUUCACAGACACUUACGCUUUGAUCAGAAUCACUUCAGGAUUUGAUAAAUGGGUUGAUGUGAAUAUAACAGAUUCGACCAUAUCUGACAAUAAUGGAAGAGGUGUAGCUGUGGAAAAUCUCAGAAGCAGACUGUAUUUGUACCGAACUUCCAUAUCCCAUAACAACCAUGUUGCAGGGGUGCAUGUUAAAAAUGGCGCAGGUCAUGUCAAUGUGACCGAAUCUAGAAUUUCGUUUAAUAUUGGUGAUGGUAUAAAUGUCACCUAUACGGGAGGAUGUACUAAUAUAAGUAAAUCGUCUCUUUCGUCAAAUAUCGGAAGUGGAGUCGCGGUUUGGUUCAACGAUACAAUGGAAACACCAGAAUAUCCUGCGUUCAACUUCAACACCAUUAUCCAGUACAGUGAGAUAUUUAAAAACGUUGACAAGGGGAUUUUAGUGGGCAAUUUUUGUGGCGACGCGAUAGUUAACAUCACUGGAAAUUGGUUCAACCUAAGUUUGGACACAGCCAUCGAAGUGAAGUCUUGCUGGAAAGAAAACGUCGAAAGUUUGAAACUCUUUAUCGGUCAUAAUAUUUUCAUACAAAACAGAAAAUUGGGCAUAAAAAUCAGACCCGCAGUGAAUUUAAAAUCAAUAAUCGAGUUCAACAGAUUUAUUGAAAAUGUUUACGGAGGAAUUUUGAUUAAAAACGACCCAUUGGAAACAUUUGACACCCUCCCGAGCGAUAUAUUAAUAAGGAAUAAUGAAUUUUAUAAGAAUCAAGGCGUUUAUGUAGUAAACCUCGGCCUCUCACCAUACUCUGACCAACAUAGCAUACAUUUUACAUGGAAUUUCGUCAAAGAUAAUAAAAUAUUAGAACCAUUUGAUUCUGAUGUCGAAGCAAAGGCGUUGAUACCAAGAAGCAGGGUUGCAGCCCCGUUGGUGAUUUCUUCCGAAAAUGUUAUUGUGUUUAGAAACAUAAUACAAAAUCCUGAUUCGCAAUACGAAAUCGGUGCUCAUUUGCAAGAUCAAAGCAAAAUGCUCAACUGCACAUACAAUUGGCUCGGCUCUUCAGAAGAGAAAAUAAUAUUUUCUCGUAUUUUUGACAGGAAAGACCGUUACAACUUAGCAAAAAUUCUAUAUUUGCCGUAUCUUCUUCAUAGGAGUAAUCCUGGUGCUAGUGCAGUAAUUUAUUUUCCUACAUUCGUUCCCCUGUUUAUUACAAGUAAUUCAGGCCCAGUUGGCACAGUCGGUGGAGAAGUCGAUGGUUUGGAAAACCUCAGAGCCGGUGAAUACAUAGUAGAGAGAGACAUUAAUGUCAGACCUGGCGGCCGGUUGACGUUGGAGCCAGGCGUGACUCUAAAAUUUCCUCCCGGCGUUGGGAUGAUGGUCGCUGGGAAACUAGAAGCUAGGGGAAAAGGUCCCAAUGAUAUACUACUUAUGCUCAAAGAAGAUCCUCAGAUUGAAGAAAGCACAACACUCCUUGAUAAUUUAGACGGAGAAACUUACAUACCACCUGCACCAACUAAACCUGAGCCGAAUGUAAGACUAAUCGGCGGAAAAACUUCAUUCGAAGGAACGCUUCAGGUUAAAAUAAACAGUCAAUGGGGAACUGUUUGUAAUUACGGAUGGACACAAAGAGCAGCAUCUUUAGUGUGUAAUCAACUCGGUUUAAUUCUAAAUCCAAAUGACUGGCUUUUAUACAGAUCCGAUAUUCCUCACCCUGGAACAAACGACCCUAUUCUUCUAACAAAUGUUGAAUGUGGCGACGAUGACUUUGAUAUUACUGAAUGCAAAUUGCAAAGGACAACAGAUUUUGAAAAUGCGUGUACACAUUUGCAAGAUGUUUUGAUGAGAUGCUACCCUCCGCAUUGGGCGGGUGUGAGAUUGGGCCCGCUAGCCGAACGCAGUCACCUUCAGUACAUAACAAUACAACAAGCCGGAAUUUUAGAUUACAGUACCAACGAAUUCAAACCGGCUCUUCAGAUCGAUUUUUCACGUCACACUAUGGAAAACGUUAGGCUUAUCGACAACGCCCAUGACGGUCUUGGGAUCGUCUACUCCGAUAUAUAUUCUACAGGAGGUUCAAACACAGUUAAAAAUUGCGAGUUCAGCAACAAUAAAGGCAGCGGUGUUGGUUUUAAGCAAUUAGGCUUGAGGAUCUCAGGAAGUAAAAUUGAAAACAACAAAAUCAGUGGAAUACGGCAUAAUCCGACUAUGACUAAUUUAGAGCAGAGAGAAUUUGCAGGGUGGUUCAAACCGCUCACAGAUGUUACGUCGCAGUUCUCUCCUUACGAUCCAAUCAUGAUCCCUCAAGCUUCGCACACCAUUGAAAUAGAAGAAGGAAACACAAAAUACAUCAUUACUCAGAAAGUGACUCAAGAUUCAAUCGAAAGUACCUAUUACAUCAAGUGCAAGCCGGGCUUCGUUAUUGGUUUGAAUUUAUUGAACCCGAUUCACAACAGGAGUACAGAAGAAAUCUGGAUUCACGAUUCUCCUGAAUUGACCUCCCAAUCGGAGAAUUGGAAUGUAAAAAGGGACAUAAACAUUUUUCCAACGACUUCGGCAUCAUACGGUGUUGUCCUUCAAUACCGAAGCGGAAUUGAUGCCUUCGGUAUGACAGUUAUAGCAGUUUCAACAAUAAGAGCUCCAAAGCAAGUUUUGGUUAAUAAAAUAAUUAAAGGCCCAGUGCCGACUUUAACCGUUCAUAACACAAGGAUUAAAGGAAAUCAACGAGGAAUUUGGGCAUCAUUUUAUAAUAGAUACCUUACGGAACUCGGUGAGCAUUAUUUGAGAAAGAGUAAUGAAACGAUUCAAGUGAUAGGGUGUGACAUAUCUCACAACGAGAGAGAAGCUGUUUUCAUCGAUGCGCCGUAUUGGAGCAUCACGCAUUCCAAUCUGAGUGAAAUUACGCUGGUUUUUAAUAAUUCACUCAUAACUGACAAUGGGAGAGGCUUUUAUCAGUACAGUAGAGAUCUCAGAAAUUCUACAAAUCUCUUUCACUGGAAUUUAAACGACAACUCCAUCGAGAGAAAUUCCUACGGGGGGUUUGAAAUUCUCCUUCCGUACGUCUGGGACUACAAUGAAAAUUUCACCCAUUCUGUGUCAUUGAGAAACAACACCUGGAGGAACAACAGACAGUUUGGCAUAAUUGUCGGCGGGCAUUUUUCCGACGUAAACAUAACGAACAGCGAGUUUGUCGAAAAUAUCUGCAAGAUCGGAUUGAUAUCGAUACAAGGGAUGGAAAAACGUAUGAAAAUAUCGAAUAAUAUCAUCGAAAAGAACGUCGGCGUGUUCAUGUUGCAGUUCAAAGCUGACAGUCAGUCUGAAAUCAUGGGCGAACUAAAGGCCAAAUUUGUCUUCAAUUCAGUUAAAAAAAAUCGUGCACCAACUCCAGAAACUCCUUCUGGUGUUAUAUUAUUCGAUGGGAUUCAAAGAGUGAGAGUUAAAAGAAACUUGAUAUCAGAAAACAACAUGGAUUAUUCGCUGGUGGCCGGAGUAAGGACAUCGAGGCUCGAGUCUUCCCUUGAUGUUUCCGAAAACUGGUGGGGAACAAAAGAUUCAUUGAUGAUAAAACAGCACAUCUUUGAUUUUGAUGACUGGAACGAUCAUGCACUUGCUAUUUACCAUCCAUUUUUGGUUGAAGAUGCUUUUGAGGGUUCUCUAUCGGUUGGAUGGGAGCAGCAGCAUCCUGUUGAUUUAGAAGUCUUGGGUGGAAGAUUGACAUCUUCCUUGACGCUUUUCCCUCGUCCAAAACCUUAUUUAGUCAUAUCUGACAUUACCGUUCUUCCUGGUAUCAACCUGAGAAUAAAUCCUGGUGUUACGUUGGAGUUUUCGCCUAGGGUUGGCAUUCUUGUGUUAGGAACAUUCUCAGCACAAGGAUUAGGAGGAAAGGAAAUCGUAAUGAAACCCACAAGGAGUCGUAAAAAGAAUCAAAGCUUACCAUACAUGGAGCAAACUGUGCGUUUAUGCACUGCUACCAAUUGCACUGGUAAUGAAGGAUUUGUAGAAAGGUGGAACUCGACGACACAACAGUGGGUUCCAGUUUGCGACGAGCGUUUCUCAGAAAGAAACGCCCAGGUGACUUGCCGCCAGUUAAUGCGGGACAGUCUUGACAUUUAUGUCGGUCAUGAUAGAAGGUACGAGCUGCAUCAUAGUGACACGUCGAGGAUCUGGUCUUGGCACGAACCGUUGCAAUGUACAGGAGAUGAAAGCAGACUGGAGGAUUGUGAGAUAAGGCUAAAUGGACAGGUUUAUGGCCAUAUACACCGCUGCGACUGGGACAGUCAGUUUGUCUUUGUUCAUUGUGGAAAGCCAAUCGUUGAAAAUAACCAAUGGGGUGGAAUCAGAUUUGCAAAUGCAGAUUUUGAACAGAGCCAAUUUGAAAAUAGGAUUCAUGAUGUUGUUACGCACAGUACGUUGAUGAAACAAGAAAGUAUUAUGGAAUUUGUGAAUAUAACUGGUGCAGGACUCUUGCAUAGUCAAAAAUCACCAGCCAUACUCGCCGUUUCCAAAUCACCGACAAUAAACAAUGUCAAUAUAACAGACUGUGCAGACCACGGUAUAUCUCUUAUUGCUCCUACGGACAAUGUCAAGCUUUUGUUCAAUGGAAUAACAAACAAUCUUGGAGUCGGAGUAAAUAUCGCUUCGAUUACUGGCGAAGGAAGAGAAAGUGGGGAAAGCUCUUUUACACCUUUGAAGGAAAUACUCCUGCCUUACAAAGUUUUCAGUUUGGUCGACAUGUGUGAUCCUUCAAAAGAAAUAAUCGUCCAAGAAAGGCUUAUUCUCUAUUACAUUUACGACAACAGGCCGGUCAACUGUGUUAAGAUAUUUUACAGCGCCUAUCAAAUUAAACCUUUCGGGUUUAGACUACUUCAGUUCAACUUGUACAAUUCGACUGACCACCUGGACCUCUUCGACGGCGGCCUGUACAACCAUUCCGUGAAACAUAUAACAUCAUUCAGUUCAUACUCGCCGAUCGGAAGUGAGAAAAAAUUUGUCAAAACGCUGAGCCCAAGGAUGAGCGUACAUCUCGUGGCCAGUGCCGCUUCUCAAAAAUACGGUUUUAUUGCUGAAGUUGUAACAUUGCCGAUAUCAGCCAUUGGAUUUAAUCGAGAUGUCCAGCAUAAUAUUUCUUUCUCUGUAAUAUCUCAAAACAAAGGUGGCGCCAUACAUUACAGUAGUGUAGGUGAAGUCAAUCCUAGGAUAACUAUAGAGAAAAACCAGCUGAGGGACAACUGCAUAAAAAUGUAUGGAAACUUCACAUCCUGUAAAUCCGGAAUCUAUAUGGAUCUUCAAAACACGCAAAAUCUUCAUUUCAGAAACAACCUUGUCCAGAACAAUCAAGGCGGAGUUUUUAUAAGGUCCGACUCGAGGGGUUCGGCUACGUCUUUGAAAGGCUGGAUACAUAAUAAUUUGUUCACUAGAAACAAAAAUCGCCCGGCUCUUUCAGUCGAGGGCCGACAGAGUAGCCCGUAUCAACAGGUCACCAUUUACAACAACUUCUGGUCUAGAAACAAAGCCAGAUACGAAAACACAAUCAGGCUGCAACAAGUCGUUUCAAACUUCACCUAUAAUUACCUUUAUGAGAAUAUCGGUGCAAAUAUUCUUGAGGUGUCAGGAUUUGAGAGGGUGCGGCUGCCGAUAUAUCAGAGUACAACUCAUAACGGUUUCUACUGGAAUCUUGCUGUUGAUAGAGACAGGCGUAGUACAAUUACUGCUGGAACAGCUGGACAACACUAUGUCGAUAAUAUUUUCUUCAACCCUGACAACGAUUAUGAAAUCGUUACAGUUAACAGAUCCCUAAUUGAUGUUUGGCAAACACCUAUCGAUGCGAAGCAUAAUUAUUGGGGUUAUAAUGAAACGCUCGCAGUCAUGGGGAGGAUAAGAGACAGGAGCGAUCAAGCAAACCUGCUUGAAGUUGAUUUUAGGCCUUUCCUCAUGAGCAAUUCGACAAUUUUGGAUGUAAAAUGUCCCCCUGGAUGGUUUUUAGUCGGCGACACUUGCUAUAUAUAUAUCGGCGCACCUAUGAAUUUUUUUGAAGCGAGAGAAUUCUGUCGAGCGAAUAAUGCUACAAUGCCUUAUGUCAUGGGUAAUCAUUUAGAAUUGUAUAAAUUCUUGAAAAAAUCUCAGGAGACUUAUCAGUUCUACGACCGAGUAUGGGUUCAGCACAUAGAUCGAAUUCAUCAGUGCACUGUUUUCUCAUUUCAAAAAAUUGAAAUCGACUAUUGCAACAGACUGAGCCCGUUUGUCUGCGAGAUGGAUCCGAAAGUUGUCAUUAACCCUUUGAGUUGGAGAGCGGACGUUUUGGUUAUUGCACUUAUUGGGUUUGUUUGCCUCGCUUUGCUUCUGAUUGGAUUGUUGAUCGCGUUUUGGUUCACAAAAUCAAGGCAUAGACACCUGGAAAGGUUGGAACGGAGAAACAGCAUCAGACAGUCCUUGCACUCGGUUCGAUCGUUCGGCUCAUCGCACGCCUUCAGCGACAUGUACAACAGAAGGAACGGCGUAGCAACUAGCACACAGUCUUCUCCGACGCUUAACAAAAACAGUGAGUACAAAAAAAUGUCAGGUAGCGUCGACAGUAUUGAAAAAUCCCAGUUUAAUUCAUCAAACGAAGAUACACAGAGUUACGACAUUUACGAAGCACAUAAUCCAACUACAACUGAAGCCAUUAAUCCUGGUUUUGAUCUCUCAUUCCGAAACCAAGGCUUUAGAGAUAAUUCAACAUUUGCAUCUCAAGAGAACAGCACAUGGCAGUCGACCGAUGAUUAUUUGAAUAACUCAUCGACAUUGCCUUUAAACACUAGCUUAGCGAUGACAGACUCGACUGUCGAUAUUAUAAAUAAGUCCAAUUAUCAACGAGAGCCGGAUUAUCAGGUAUUUUACGAAAGGCCGAAGAGUUCAGCUAUUCUCGAGACGAACCUGGACGAUUCUCUGCCUCCUGCGCCUCCUACAAGGACGCAGUCGGAGAACCUCCUUGAGACGAGUUUCGACAACCAUUACACCCCUCAGGAUAUGAGGUCAUUCCAGCCCUUGAGUAAAAGUCAACCUUUAGAAACUGCCAUGUAAAAUUCGAUUCAAUUACUAGACCAAUGCCAAAUGUGAUAUUUUGUAAUAUUUUAAUUGUUAAGUAUUGUUAGAAAUGCUUAGUUUUUUCACUCUUUAUGUUUUAUCAAUUUUGAACCCAAUUUUGUAAAUAUGUGACAAAGUGCCUAGAAUAUUUUAGCGUAUAAGUAAAUAGUUUUUAAGGUAAACAAAUGUGAUAAUUUAAUUAAUACUCACUUUUCCGCCUGUUUACAUUUAUAUUAAAUCAACUGAUUUGAUUGAUAUCGUUAUAAAUCAGUAAUUUUUCGUUGAUGCACAAUUAAAAUGAUAAGACUGCUACUCUUGAAAUAAACAUUUGUGUUCAAAAUACAUUUUAAUAAUGUUGUGUAAAUAUUGUAUAGAUAAUUGUUGUGUUCAACUAGUAGGACUAUGAAAUUUUUAUAAAAUGUUAUUUAUAAUUUUUUUUAAAAAGCAUAAUAUAAUAUUUUUCUUCUAUUGGGUUGU